CCGAUCGUCGUGGAGGCGUUUUGGUGUUUUUCGGCGCCCCCGGCCCUCUCCCGCACCCCGUCCUUUCCGCCUUUUGCGCACGCGCGGGCAAUCCGCAACGGACACGUGGCGCGCGACGGAAAACCUGUUGCAGCCGAAGAGGGGAGAUUCGUGUCGGAGGAUUACUCCCUCUCCAUCUUAGGGGAUUGUGGAGAGCUUUGGUGCAGCAGAGCCUUUUGUCAGAUUGUGCAUAAACAAGUGGAAGGAGCAAGGGAGGAAAUGAGUAAGGAAAUGAGUAAGGAAAUGAGUAAGGAAAUGAGGAAGUACAGAAGGACACGGUGCAGUGGAUGUGGUGCUGCAGCAGGAGUUUGCAAUCUGUUGUCCAGCUAUCUUGUUGGGUAUGGAUGGGCACGGUCGGUGUGACUACCUGCAAGCCUAGACAGUAUGACUGUGGAUAUAACCGGUCAUCCUGCGCUUCAGUUCUGAGAUUGAAGACCCGAAGGAGGAGGGAAAGAUAAAAAUCCUGGCGGUUUAAGCAGUUGUCACUUUGGUAGGGUGUUUGGAGACAGCAAACUAUGGGGAAUUUACUUGGGAAGCUUCACAAAUGACACAACCUAUUUUUAGCAGCAUGCAGUUCUAGUUCAGGACGAGUCGGUCAAGGUGGGUGGGAGGAAAAAGGAGAGGAGGUGGCGAAGUUCCAAGUCUCUGUGCCCCAUCCGUCGUUGGUUAUCCUCGGUGAGAGAUCGUGAGACAAAUUGACGAACAGGAAGUCAACACUAUAUCGUGAUCAGGAGGCAGGGAUCUCGGAUCACAAAUCGGAGGAGAUAAGAGAGUGGUUGCUGUGGAUGAAGUUGGUAUGGCAGGAGUUGUGGCGCCGAUGCAGGUGUGGAGCGACCAGGAUGAAGGGGAUGAGUGGGAGAAGUCUCCCCGUGGUGAUGAAGAUGGCGUUGUGCUUCUCCCUGAUCUGAGGGAAGAAGAAGAAGAGCCCCCUAGAAAUAGCUCACCGGCAGUGCGACUGGAAGACAGUGGUCAAGAUGAUGCGUCUGCUGAUGCAGUUGUGACAGAACUGUCGUUCCGAGGAACUGAUGGCGACGGCGAAUUGACAAUUGGAGGAGAUUCAGGCAGACUGUCGCUGUCACCUGUUGUCAUGGAUUUAUGCAGACACGUUCAGGAGAAAGUCAUGAGUGCGCGUGAGGAGUGUCAGGAUCUACGGCAGGAAGCAAGUGACCUGCUGGAGUACUCAAAUGCGAAAAUCAAUCGUGUAACGCGGUAUCUGGGUGUUCUAGCUGACAAGGCUCGGAAACUAGACAUGGUUGUGAGUGAGACAGAGUCACGGAUCGCCCCGUUGAAGCGAGAGCGGAAGAGGCUUUUCAACGACCUUCUUUCGAUUAAAGGGCCUUUGAGGGUGUACGUAAGGUCUAGACCGCCAUUUGAUAAGGAGGGACCGAUGUCCAUGGCCACCACUUUUCCAGAUGACUACACGAUCAGAGUUGCCCAGUCAAGUCCAGGAGGGGCAGUUUCGUCACCUAAGAAAGACUUCGAGUACGACCGCGUAUUUGGUCCUCACAUUAGCCAAUCGGAAUUGUUCUCUGAGGCGCAGCAGUUUGUGCAGUCUGCAUUUGAUGGCUACAACGUUUGCAUUCUGGCAUAUGGGCAGACAGGUGCAGGAAAAACGUACACAAUGGAGGGAACAUCUCAGAACCGUGGUGUAUACUACAGAUCAUUUCAGGAAUUGCUUCUGCUUGCCAACCAGAACACGACGCCUACUUCAAGAUACCAGUUCUUCGUGACGAUGAUCGAGAUAUACAAUGAGCAGAUCAGAGACUUGCUGGGAACAAAACCAGGAGCAGCAUCAAGUGCAUCAGCAAGAAGGAGGGAUUUUCGGCUGCCUGAAGAUGGCGGUGUCGUUUGUAGUGUCCUGGAGGAGGAGGUGGUAAGUGCAAACGAUUUUGUGAAUGUGUUGCGUCAAGGCAACCGGAGCAGAUCGAGUGGAACUCCAAGAAGCAGUGAUCGGCAGAAUCGUUCGCACUUGAUAGUGACAGUCCAUGUGGAGUAUCACGAUUCCAGAGCCGGCGAGAGGCAGUAUAGCAAGUUAUCGAUGGUUGACAUGGCAGGUAGUGAGCGGUCAAGAUCUGAUGCAAGUGGAGAUCGUCUCACAGAGAGUCUACAUAUCAACAAAUCCAUCUCAACACUUGGUGAUGUGCUGUCCUGUCUGACAACAAAGAAGACUGCUCCGCCAUUCAGGGGGUCCAAGUUGACAAGUAUGCUUGCUGAUUCGUUAGGAGGAGACUCCAAAACUCUCAUAUUGGUAAAUGUGUCGCCAAGCUUCAAUGAUGUUCAAGAAACGCUUUCGUCACUGAGCUUUGGCGCACGUGUAAAGAACGUGGAGCUUGGGCUGGGGAGUAAGGAUACCAUCAAGAAAUUCCGGGAUAUGGCAAAUGAGUCAAGGAAGGAGCUAUAUGAGAGGGAAAAGCAAGCCGGCGAGCUGCAGUCAGAAGUGUUGAUGCUCAAGCAAGGUCUCAAGGAGUCAGAUGGGCAAUGCUAUCUUCUUUUCUCUGAGCUUCAGAAGGCAUGGGCUGUCUCGACUCGUUUACAGACGGAAGUCGACUCUCGGGAGAUGGAGAUCUUCAGGCUUGAGGCAGAAAACAAGUUGACGGAGGACCGAAAGAGGAAAGGCGAGGAACAGAUCAGAUCAGAAUCUGCCAAGUUGAGGCUUGAUAUGGAAGAGGAGAAAAGGCGUCUCAUUGCGGAGAAGGAUGCAGAGAAGCGAAAGGCCCUCUCUGAAAAGGAUGCUGAGAAGCGAAAAGAACUCUCAGAAAAGGAUGCGGAAAAACGUAAAGCUCUCGCAGAAAAGGAUGCAGCGAUAGAAUCUCUACAGAUGAAAUUGCAGCGGAUGGAAAAGGACUUGGUGAAGGCAACAGAGGCAGCUAAGAGGGCAGCUGAACAUUUGGCUGAGCAGGCUCGACAACAAGUCUCAGCAGAGGAGAAGCAAAGGCAAAUAGAAGAACUUGCACAGCGGAAGGCUUUGGAAAUGGCGCGGCCUGACAAAGAAGCUCUUGAAACAGCACAGAAGGAGUGUAAUAGGUUGAAAGAGGAAAGAGAGCAGAUUGCUGCCGAGCUAAAAUCGGAAUGUGCAAGGCUGCAGGAAGAUCUCCAGAAGAGAGAUCAGUUAAUUGAGCAACUUCGCGAGGAGAAGGAGCAGCUGGAGCAACAGAAGGAGCGUAUUAGUGUGUCUUCGUCUGGGCCUCUGAAGGACAUCGAGUUCGAAGGACCACUAGCUGUUGGCGAUGCUGCCAGGAUGAAGGUUCUGGACAAGCAUGCGCCAGCCGCAGGAAGCCCACAAAAAGAACAGGAUCGUCGGUCGUUCACACCAACACCCAUUUCCGUUGCAGAUGGCGGAGCUCGGAGGCUGGAUGGAAGGACCUUAGGUGGCACAAUGACAAGUGGGAUGCAGCCCCCUGGACCGCAAACUGCGGCAGUGUCUUUGACAAAAGCAGCAAGCAGCUUAGGUGUAAAUAACCGGCGGCUUGGCGAUGCUGAGAUAAAGAAACAGGAGGCAGCUUCUUUGGAGUCUGCACCCACCACGCCUGCAAGCUUGGAGGAGAGUUUACCAGUACACGGUGUAGUAUUUGACAUGCCGGCGGUGAAAACGACUCCAGCUGGGGAGUUCCUUACCAGAUCUCUUCAGGAGUUCGAUCCUUCUAACAUUGAAACCAUUGCUGAGAUCUCUGAGGGAGCCAACAAACUGCUGAUGUUGGUACUAGCAGCAGUGAUGAAGGCCGGUACUCCAAGAGAGCAUGAAAUGCUGGCGGAGAUAAGGCCUGCUGUUUUCCAAUUCCUAAGGCGGAUGGAGCGCCUGAAUGUCAUGGACACUAUGCUUGUUAGCCAUGUUCGCAUGCUGUAUAUCCGAGCGCUGCUGGGAAGAUCACCUGAACUUAGUGGCAUACAGGUUCCGAGUGUCGAGUGUUUUCUGGAGCGUGGAGGGCUUGCGAGCCGUCGGGCAACGCCGAAGACAUCGCCAUCACCAUCACCGAACCCUAGUCAGAGAAGCUCUUUCGAUCAUAUUCGCGGUUUUCGUGUAGAUUUGCGGCAGGCAAAGAACUCAGGUUUCGGAAGGUUGUUGAGGUUGCUGAAGAACGUCGAUCCUGAUACUUGGAGACAGCAUGCGUUGGAGGGACGGAUGAAGGACAUAAACGAUGAGGCGCGCAAGUUUGCGGUCGGGAAUAUAUCGCUUGCAAAGCUCUUUGCGCACAUGCAACAAAUUGACAUCCAGCACAAGAUUAGGGAUUGGCUGGCAGAGAAUUACGACUUCUUGACCCACGAACCUGUCAGCGAUGGAAGUGCGGUGAAUCAACUUGAUCUCUUCCGCACGGCGAUCUUUGAUGGGUGGAUGACUGGUCUGGGAGUUCCUCAGACGCCAAACACAGAUGCCCUUGGGCAAUUACUUCUCGAUUACACCAAGAAGGUUUAUGAGGCACAUCUAGAGCAGCUAAAGGACUUGGCGAAUGUGACUGCACAGGAGGAAGCGGAGGAUCUUGCUCACAUGCACAAGCUAAUGAUGAACCUUGAAGCCAUGAACACACAACGCCGAAAGGCUCUUCAUCAAAUGAAAAGUGACAUCGCACUCCUUUCAUACGAGGAAAACGGUGUGCAGCUGAAAGUGGACAGCGGGGUAUCACACGACGACAGGAUCCAGUCAUUGCGAACGCUGUCAGCCAUUGCGAAGCAGUCUGAGGAUCUAAGGAAAGAAGCUGCGAAAGGUCCGGGGCGAAAUAAGAGUAUGCUGAUGCAAUUGGAGGACAUGGAGCAGCGGGCAUCACGUCUUAUGCCAGUGGAUAGAGAAGUGGCCAGGAGGUACCUCAGGGAGGCCCGUAAAGAGGUUGAGAAGGAUGGAUGGAAGCGAUUUGCGAUGCCAGAGAAUGUUAGCGGGGGAGAAGAGUCGUCUGGGGAGCUGUCUCUGAACUCUGCACAGUGGAUGCCACCUGAAGGAUCUGCAGAAACUGUCACAUCUCAAGCGAGGAACAAGUCAAUAACCGUGGACGGCGGGAAUAUGACGUGGAGCACUAUAAAGUUCAACAACAAGCAAUCGACGGUGGUUGUGAAGUGUAGCCUCUCUGGGGGGACGGAUCUUGUGGUGAAGGUGCAACAGGGACUAUUGCCUGGGACCGGGCAUGGCCCAGGAGUGAACCAAAGGGUCAGCGAAGGCGUGGAACUGGCAGAGCAGCCAGCAAUCAUGCCUGUCCCGUGGAAACUAGUGGGGCUGAAUGUCGACCAGAUUGAAACUGUGCUGGCAAGGCUGCCAGAAGGCUUGCGGCAACUCGUAAUACCGAGGGUGAAGACAUCGGAAGGCAUGCGGGCCCGAUACACGCGACUGUACGAAACUCUUGCGGCAAAAGUUGGGUCUGCGGUGACGGGAGGAAGCGCAGGAGAGCUCGACAGGCUAGGUCGAAGAGUGGUUCCAGGAGCAGCUGGAGGAACGAUGGCGGGAUCCGCAAGGAACCCCGCACUCGAUAGUCUCCAACGAGGCCAGUCGUUCCCCAAUGCAAGUGCCAGACGACGUCCUGUGAUGACCGUUGGGAUCCCUGAAAGUCGUACUCUUCAUGAACAUGGCGAGGGUGCGCUCGCUACAACUUAAAAGAUUUGCAAUUUGAUACGUGUGAAUGAUCUGCUAAAUUUAUCGACUCGCCCAUGCCUUACAGAUGGUGUGCGGUUUUCAGUUUGCGCUUCGGUCUUCGGGCAUCCUGCGCGGCAUUCCAUUCUAGGGACUCACCAACUUGUCAGAGGCUGCUGGUAGAUGUCGGUGGUGAUCGACCAACUCCAGAGGCAAACACAUCGUUUGGAAUCGAACUGGACAAUUGGCAAGCAUUGCCAAACACUAGAUGUGUUUGGGGUUGUGGGAGAGAAGGAAGAGGUGCGAGGGAGACCAGACGAAGAAUACGGAAAGCAGCGGUCUCAUUAUUCAGGCCUUUUGUAAGAGCUAUAUGAGAAGUUUCACUGAGAUUGCAGUCCACUUGUGCCUGGAUCUUUCAACAAGUUGCAUUCCCAGCAUUGGAUCACUUUUUAAAUCUGCAGUCAGCCCUUCUUCAGAACAACGGAAAGCACCAACCCCCCAUCCACCCUUAUCCCCCCUCAUACUCGCCCCUCACCUAUCAUUUCUGUGUACCCCUCGUUGUAUUCUUCAUUUCUUCUGUCUGACCAACCCAUCCGCAUUGAUUCUACAGCGCGUUUUACGCCUCAUGCCUUUUGCUCUUCCUAUGCGGAUUUGCAGCAUGCAUGCGGCAUUGCGGGGGGAUAGUGCUGCACAAUUGAAUUAUUGUCCUGCCUCUGGAGGGAGGAAGGGGGAUUGCCAGCUUGUGUGAAUGGGUGGAUUCCAGUGAUAUACAAGAAGAGGAUGUGUAGAUGGGCCAUGCGCUGGCUCACUGCUCGCAUUAUUGUGUUGUUUGGCGUGCCUGACUUGGUUCUUCUCUUAGAAACGUCCUGUGGCAGAAUCCCAGACAAGUUGCAUAUAUGCCCUCCUCUGCCCAUCGGCCAUUUAUGGAAGACCCCUUGGUUGAGGAUGCCAUGCAAGAGGCGGGUGGAGAGGAUGGGGUUUGGCGAUGGGGCGAGGCGAACCUAGGCAAACGACUUCGGUGGCAGCACAUUUGGCGAGCAAUAACUUUGCCGCUGCUCAUGUUCCUGCACAUUGUUUACUGUGCCUGACUUGGUUGUUCUUCUAGAAACGUCUUGUCGCAGAAUCCCGGACAAGUUUUGCAUGUGCAUCCUCCUCUGCCCAUCGACCAUUUAUGGAAGAUCCCUUGGUUGAGGAUGUCAUGCAAGGGGUGGGGUGAGGGGAUGGAGCGAGUCGAGCCAAGGCAAACGACUUCAAUUGCAGCACGUUUGGCGAGCAAUAACUUUUGCGGCGCACCUUGAUUGCGGCAUGUUAGGUGACAAAGUGUUGUGCAUCUUUUGUUGCAAAAGAAUGAGAAGGUGAUGUUUCCUUUCCUUUGUCCUCAGCGCAACACCAAGCGGGGUUGAUAAACUGAGAGCGUAUUGUGAGCACGGCGGGAAGGAGAGGGCAACCCUUCGUUUGGGGGGAGAGGAGGGAGGUUCGUAACCGACUUGCUCUCCGCUUAGCAGGGAGGGUUGUAAGUAGCAUGAAGAGAUUGUUGUUAAGUAUGUGCCUCGAUUGCUGCGAUUGCUGCGAUUGCUGCCAUGACUUGUAGAACCAGGAAGAUGAAGGAAUUUUGGCUGAUCCUGGUAAAUGUACAAGGUAGCAGGUGUGUGAGAGAUAAGGGUAUUUAUCGGAGGGGAUGUGUAGUUUGUGUAAAAAACAUGGUAGGAAAAAGAGGGUUUGACGGAAGAAGAGGCAUCGUAGAUGACUGAUCCGUGUGUGGUAAGAUGGCAUGAUGAUGUAUUAAAGCAAGUGUAGUCUUCCCCCAUGUUCUGCAUGUUAGGGAAGCAGAGUUGUGCUAGGCGAGAGGAAAUAAGUAGAGAAGUUUCAGUGGGGUCGAACGUCGAUAUAGUGCGUUCGUUUGGGAUGGAUCAUUUAUCGGUGUGCGCUUUGGAGGAUGGAAGGUACUCACCAGAUGAAGGAUUGCUAAUGAAGAAGAUGGGCGGGUUGAAGUGGAAUUAAGGGGCGGUUGGCGGACGGAAGGUGCGCAUGAAUUGCACAACAGAAUGUUCUUGUAGGCUAAGAAGAAGAGCAGACGACGCGAGUCGGUGUUGCAGGGCACGUGCUCGUGGCAACGGUCUGGAGAAGGUACUGCCCAGACUUGGUGGCAAAGGUGGUAAUGCAAGGAGAAGCAGGAACAUCAGAGGAUGGGAGAGGGAGUGUUAUGGAUGUAGAGAGAAGGAUGGACGGCGGUAGGGUUAACGUGGGAGUAAGGGGCAGUUGCUGGACAGGAGGUGCGCAUGAAAUGGAGCCUAAUGUUGUAGGGUCUAGAGAAAGAAGAGAAGAUGAUGUCAGAUGAGAGGAUGGUAGGGUGCGUAGUGCAUCUGCUGGUGGUGGCUAUCUCCAGGAAAUGCAGCCCAGGCUGAGUGGUGGAGGUACAUUUGCGAUGAGAAGCAGCAACAUGGGAGAAGUGAGAGGGAGUGUUCUGGACGUGGAGUUUGGAAAAGAACAGAUGCGAGAGCAGGAAGGAGAAUAACGGGAAGUCGGCGGAAGAAGUGAUUGUGGAACGUGUUUCUUUGGAGGGAAAACUGAAGAUGAUACAUGGUGGUUGGAUGCGCACAAACUCUUGCAAAGACUGAGAAAUGGGGGAGUGACUGUAGCGAUGGUUAUGAAGGGGUGCCGAAAGGAGGGUUGGAAAAGAAAGCGGUAGAAAGAAUAAUAUAUAUAUAUAUAUAUAUAUAUAUUAUUAUCUUUCUGAAUGUGGUUUCGGAGGACAAGUGUGGGUAACGUCUGACACAAGUCGCUGAAGCUCUGCUUAUGAUCCGUGUGCCAAAGCAGCAUUUGCACGGGGAGGAUAUCGUGAAAGUCAUGUUUAUGGUUGUUUGAUGUGUGUGUUUGUUCUCAUCUUGUUGUUCAGGAGAGCUGGGGGGAAAUGCUGGAGACAAAGGAGGAGAAGUAGUAGAGAAGCGCAAGCGCUAGAGUUACAGUACCUUUGUUGGUGGGCAAACGCUUUGCCGUAUCUCUGUUUUGAUUAGCGGUAUUGAAUCGGUGGUAUUGUAAUUUGUUGUGUUGUUUUCCAAAGUUUGUCGCGGUUGAGACCGCAUUCAAGAAGAAAGCGAGAGGAUAGUAGAGUAAACCGGUCGACCGGUCAAUGAGCGAAAGUCUCAGAUGCUGCAUGUGACAUCUACGUUCCUUGUGUGUGCGUGUGAUUUCGAAUCCGUGGCAAUAUUGAAAUCUACCCAAAUGGAUGUGGUUUGCUUUGCUGAAGGAGUGCAGCGGUUAGGACUCAGGAGCGAAGAAGAGAACGAUCGAAACAACACUGGAGCGAUGUACAGGCCCAAAGAGCUGGGUUGCCGCAGGUUCUAUGCGUGCUGUCUGAAAGACGGGAAGGCGUUUUUGUUUUGCUUCGUCUUGUUGAAAGAGGUACGGCAGCAAGAAUUGCAUGCUAGUUAUAUACCGCCAGGUGAAUUUGCACAAAUUUGACCCUUGGGUUUAAGCGAAGAUCUUUUUUCUAUUUUCACACUGUAUAGACGAAGUAGAAGAAAUGUUAACAAACAAUCGUACUUGGCAACGACUUGUAGAUAUUGGUACUCGUAGGCCCGGAACAUAACUGUCGUUUGUUUCUCUUCUGCUGUGUGCUGUUUCGCCUUGCACUCUGUCUGUGGACUUGCUACUGCUGUGGUCUGUGGCGAGUCCCACCGCACCUACAGUCUUUUCAAAGGUUUCGGUUGCUUGUGUGGAUUGUGUAUCUGGUGGAAUGGGUCUCAAGGGGCACAUAUGAUGCCUGUCCUGUGAAUUCAGUAUUAAAUUAUGUUUUUUGCUGGGGGUUAUUUGGGAGAGAGAGGAUCUGUUCUGUGACCGCCGGCAUGGAUUCUCUAUUUAACAUCAAGCGAGGAUGCGUAGGCGUGUGUUGUUACGUAUAAGGCUACUCAUGAGAGACAACCUGUGAGAUAUCUUAUUAGAGAAGAGACGGUACAUGCGUCCUUUGUAGAAAUUGACUCACGCAUGACGAAACCCUUUCUUUUUCCUUUCUACUCCCCCCACCAUUUACUCGUGCGCUUGUGCGUAUGACGGAGCACGCACGUGUGCCUACACACAUACACACGUCGCAUGCUUAGACAUGAAGACACCUGCGCAGACUGUUUUUUUCAAAGGGGCUCAACCUCCUAACGAGUCCGUGCGAGUCCGAUGAAACAGUCUAGCACAGUCAUCCUGUAUUUUGUCUACCUGGGCAGACUGUUUUUGGGAAGGGGUUCGACCUCCUGAGGAGAUGCCGAAAGUACGGCGAAACAGUCUAGCACAGGCAUGCUCUUUUUUGUGGAGUGGUGUAUAGCAAGCAUGGCACUACACACGCAGACACACAGACAUAUAUAUGUAUGUGUGCAAGCGUGCCGCUUCGGCGGCAGACAGAGAAUUUGGCGUGCUUUUUAACAACACACAGAAACACAGACAGACAGACAGACACACACACAGACAGACACACGGACACAUAGCGACACUCCUGCAGACACACGCAGGAUUGUCUCCAUCUGUAGUCUGUGCUUCAUUUUCUGCAAUAGAGGUAAAGCUGCUUCGAUUUUGGAUAGACGCAUCUGGGUGGAGCAGGGGAUGUCGUGCUGACAAUUUACGACACAUUUACAGCCACACGUAUAGUGCAAAUGCAGACGCACACGCACAGAGGCACACACCCGCACAUGGUCAUGUACACAAGGACACUCCUGACGAACUUCAGAUCAUACUCUCGAUAACGCCUUCGGUCGAUCCACUGGAAAUGGGGUUGUUCUUGUGAUGUUUCAAUGACAGACACUGUUUCUACAACACACGACAAAGUGGGCGUCACUCCCACAGGCUUCCAUUUUGGCGUACAUGGUUGUGAUGUGUCUAGGACAGACUGUGACACUGUUUACACAGUACACACACCGAGAGUGGGUGUCACGCCCACAGGCUGCCCUUUUGGAACACAUGGACGAUCGUGGUGUUCCAUGUUUUUUGAAGCGGUAGUGGUCUUGGUGUUGUCGCGUGGAGAUUCUGUGAAUGUAUGUUCGGAGUUCUGGCCACAAUAUCUUGGCGAGGAGGUUCAGAGAGUGUUUGCCGGGGCGGCGGGGGGGCCAUUCGCAUCGACUGCUAUUUUGGAGAUUGUGGAAGAAACAGUGAGUAGCCCCCCUGGUGUUGUGUGAAGAUCUUGUGCUCUUUGGGAUUAUGGUACUCUAUAUGCUCCAGAGGCUAGACAGCAGAUGGGGACAGUCUAGCAAUGGAGGGAUAGAGGUAGUGGUGGCGUGACUGGAUCGUUUGGGAGGAAUAGGAGUGCCAGUGCUGCUGUGCUUGAGGGCUGACCCGGAGGGGCUCUCCAGGUUUUUUCGGACUAUUCUGGGAUCUGGUCGGUGCUUUCUUGUUGGUGGAGCCUUCGGUGUUAGGUAUGUUCCCUUCUUCCCUCUACCUUUGUUUUUAUACUAUUUAUAGA